CCAUGGAUACAGCAUGAGCAGGCCUUUCUGGCCCUCGUUUACGAGGCUCCUGCUUUGUAAUGGCUUCACGCUCGGAGCAAAGCUUAUGUGAGAGAGUCUGCACCCAUAAAAGCACAGAGCGCCUUUCUCGCCACUCCAAGAUUCCUCCGGGCAGUUUGGCAUGUGGACAUGUUUUGAGCUGUGGCUCUCUGCAGUUUCUGUGGAGCCCACCAGCAGACCGGAGCAGGAGAUGUUCGUCAGCAUCCUGUUUGGAGAAGGCAGGACGGAGAUCCUCAAUCUCAACUGCAGGCUGAUUAACUUCAUCCAUCACUUGAAGGAACGGUGUGGCCUGGAUGUCAAAGAAAGCGUGGACCUGAUGGACGCCAGCGGCCGAGUGAUGAACCUGGAGGCGGUGCAGCACAGCCUGGCGCCGGCCAGCGGCGUGCUGGCCGAGCGGCAGCACUACGUCCUCCUGCGGGUCUGCCGUGAUGAUGAAUCUGGAGGGAGGAAAUAUGUCCCUCUGCUAAACAACUGCAGCCAGAGUCACCCGGAGUUAACGGACCUCCUGAAGAAGCUGUCAAACCCCAACAAAGAACCAGAGAGCGUGACCAGAAGAGGACGAAGGCAAAGGCGUAAAAAUAUCCCAUCCUGUGACAAGGAAUAGAAAGAAAGAUACUCUUAUGUCACUGAAAUGUUAAAAAGUGAUGAAUACGUAGAUAUCAUAAUAUGAAAUGUCAAAUGUAAGAAUGUAGUGUACAAAUGUAUUAAGAAAAGUUGUACCAAGAAAGAAGUAGAACUUCGUUAAAAUAAAAAUGAUACAAA